AUGACAAGAGAGUGGAGGAAAGGAACAUCAUUUAGAAAGUACAGCAGCAAGAUACACACACUGUGCCUCUGCCAUGGUUCCAAGGCCUACCACCUUCAGAAGUCAACCUGUGGUAAGUGUGGCUACCCUGCCAAGCGCAACAGAAAGUAUAAUUGGAAUGCCAAGGCUAAAAGAUGAAACACUGGAAUUGGUCGGGUAAAGUACCUAAAAACUAUACACUACAGAUUCAGGCACAGAUUCUGUGAAGAAUCAACACCUAAACCCAAGAGAGCAGCUGGUACGGUAUCUAGCUCAUCUUGA